AUGGAAGAAGAUGAAGACACUGUUAUGUCAGACGCUGGUCUUUCAAGGCCCCAGCCGGCGGGCCAGGGAAGCCGGUCCCAUUCUAGCUUGGGCAAAAGACCUGCAAGGGACAUGAAUGGAGAUCAAACUUCGCCUCCCGCAUCACCCAGGCCUGAAAAGCAGCAUUCUAGCAAUGUGAAGUCGGUGAUUCAGACAGAAGUUGAAGUUGAGACCGAUGGGUUCUCUUCAACCAAAAUCCUGGCCAAGUCGGUUGAGGUUGAGGACACCAAUUCUGAAUACCACGAGAAAGCAGACAGCAUCAUGGAAGAGAAUUCGGACUGGUCUGAAGAAGGUGCAGCGUCUGCGAAGGGGAUUCCAACGGCAUCGCUACCCACAGGUCUCUGCUACGACGUCAGAAUGCGCUAUCACUGCGAAGUGAGGCCAACCGCCGAUGUCCAUCCAGAAGACCCCCGUCGCAUUUAUUACAUCUACAAGGAGCUGUGCCGAGCGGGCCUCGUCGAUGAUCCGGAGUCUCUAAGGCCUCUGGCUUCUCAGCCGCUCCAGCGUAUCUCCGUUCGCGAUGCCACAGUCGACGAAAUCUCGCUGGUGCAUGACCCUGAUCAUUAUACUUUUGUUGAAAGCACAAAAGACAUGACCGAUGAUAUGUUGAUUGAAUUGGAACACACUCGCGAUUCAAUCUAUUUUAACCGUCUGACUUUCGCGUCAUCUCUUCUGUCAGUCGGUGGUGCGAUUGAAACCUGCAUGGCUGUUGCAACCCGCAGAGUGAAAAACGCUAUUGCAGUGAUUCGACCGCCAGGUCACCACGCAGAGCACAACAAGACGAUGGGAUUCUGCCUUUUCAACAACGUGUCUGUUGCUGCAAGGGUCUGUCAGAAAGAGCUCGGGGAGAAGUGCCGCAAGAUUAUGAUUCUUGACUGGGAUGUCCAUCAUGGAAAUGGUAUCCAGAAAGCAUUCUACGAUGACCCCAAUGUCCUCUAUAUUUCCCUCCACGUCUACAAUGAUGGCAAGUUCUAUCCUGGAGGGGAUGAAGGUAACAUCGACCAUUGUGGCGAGGGCCCCGGUCUUGGACGAAACAUCAACAUCCCUUGGCCAUCUCAGGGUAUGGGGGACGGGGACUACCUGUUUGCAUUCCAGCAAGUAAUUAUGCCGAUCGCUAGCGAGUUCAACCCAGAUCUCGUGAUCAUUGCUUCUGGGUUUGACGCUGCGGCGGGUGACGAGCUUGGAGGAUGUUUUGUUAGCCCUCCAUGCUAUGCUCAUAUGACACACAUGCUAAUGACGCUUGCAAAUGGCAAACUUGCUGUCUGUUUGGAGGGAGGUUACAAUUUGAGAGCCAUUUCAAAGUCAGCUCUAGCUGUCACAAAGACCCUUAUGGGCGAGCCUCCAGAGCGUCUUUCUGCUACCGCACCUUCACGGCCAGCUGUCCAUACAGUACGUCGGGUGAUGAUGACGCAGUCCAGAUUUUGGAAGUGCAUGUACCCGAAAGAGCCGCGGGAGGAGCAUCUAUGGACCGAUAGAGUUCACGAUGUCAUCAGAGCAUACCAGUCUAAGCACUUGUAUGAUAACUACAAGCUAACGAGCCUUUACAUCUACCGGACGGCUAUCUCGAAAUCCUUUGCAAACCAGGUUCUCGCAACAUCAAACUAUGAUCAAGCUGUACCGCUGAUCGUGAUCUUCCAUGACCCGCCCGAAAUCAUGGGCAUACCGAACCCUACCACCAACAAGCUUGAGCCUCACAACUGCUGGCUGGCUGAUAUCGUGAAGGACUACAUUGAAUGGGCAGUACAGAGGAACUACGCCGUGAUUGAUGUCAAUAUUCCUAAAUAUGUGACUGCGGAUGGCUCUCCCGGAAAAUACGAAGACGAAGAUGAGAACCGCCCCACAGCUACAGAAGAACUUGCGGGUUACCUCUGGGACAACUACAUUGAGCCCAACGAAGCGACCGAGAUCUUCUUUCUGGGAGUUGGAGACGCUUUUUACGGUGUCGCCAAUCUACUCAUCAAUCGUGACAGCAUUUAUCAGCGCGUGAACAGUGUCAUUUCAUUCGUAGCUGAAAACCCAGUGCGGGCGAUAGCCUCCCAUACUCAAGUCUGGCUUUCAAAAUGGUACAAAGAGAACUCUCUGGUCUACGUCUCCCAUGCACACGGCGUCUGGAGCAACUUCGAGAAUCGACGCAAACCAUCCAAGCGUUACGGACGGCUCCUCCGAUCGCCAAAAGCAGGACUUAGCGAGAUGCUCGAACAUCACAAAAGCGACGUGUUCAACUGGAUAGACUCGCGAGUUUCUCCGGAGGAAAGCGACGAGUCGGAGGAGAAUGGGAAAAGCCGGUCGCCGACGAAGGAGAAAUAAUGGUUACCAGUCCAAAAUGAACUUUCUGUUUACAUCCCUUAUGCAUGUGAAAUUCGAGUCAUGAGCAAUUAACUCCCAUCUAUUUCCAAUUCUCCCGCGAAAGCACACCCGGGAGUUCCUCAGAACACUCGACUUACAUCACGUAUCUCGUCCCAUCCCAGUCCGGUCCAUCUACGCGGCAUUUUGUUUGUACCAGGUUAGAUAGAGUAGGUGGUCUAUCUUGAGGUUUUCAAGGGCCCAUGUUCAGCAUGCAUGAUU